AUGGACGUGAAAGGUAUCCCCGUUCGAUACUUCCACUGUAGCGAUCCCGUGGGGCGCGUGUUAUUUGGAUGGCAUAUUCACUGGGUAGGUAGAACUACUUUUGCGUGCGCUUGUGUUGCCACCAUCAACGAGGCGUCGUUCAAAGCGGGAGCACCAGUCCUCCUCACCGUUGCAUGUCAAUCUAGUCUGGGGACUGUUAAUUGUGUACCGGACGAGAUUUCCAUCACUCAACUUGGGGCGCGUGAUGACACCGUGGGUGUGUUUUGUCAUAGGGAGUCGCUGCGUGACGUGUUGACUCGCUUUAGGUUUUUUACUCAAAGUGGCACCAAACCUAUUAAACGCCACUGCCAUCGAGCUAGUGGAUUUCUGGGUUCAUCCAUGAACUCAUCAACAACCACGAUGGCUUCUGUUGCACCGGCCAGAGUAUCGGAAACGGGAAAUUGUGCACCAGAGGUAGUCGGUGCAGAGCAGGUACCAAAAACGGAAGAGUCUUCCAUUGUCCCUGAGGGAAAUGACGCCAUCGGAAAGAUGUCAGAAAUCGAGGAUAUAGCCCAGCAAGUGACACAGAUUCGAAAGACGUUAGAGGAUCAGGCCGACGCUCUGAACAUGACCCGGGGACUUCUCGAAGAGGCAGCACUGAAGUCACUGGCAGAACUCAAGGCAUCGGAGGCCUCGGGUGAGCGCAAGGUCCGUAAAGAUAUAGAACACAUGCUAAGAGAGGGAGUUAUUCGCGACAUCGACAACCCUGACCAACCGAAUGUUCCGCACGCAGAUGCCGUGCACACUCUUGUAAAGUAUAACAUAGAAAGUUUUCCAAAUGUGCUCGCCAAGUCGUUCCGCGAUGCCGUGGAAGUUGCACUGGGAGAGACGACACCUUCGUCGGCUUCUUCAAAGUCAAACGAAACUGGGGACGAGGAGAUCGGACCUAGCAUUGGAACAAGUCUGGUCUCUGUGAGAGCCACGGCAUUACGAGCGAGAGCCUUGAAUGAAGAGCGCGGCAAUAUUAGCCCCGUUCAAGAACAUCAAUCGCCACGACUAUCUACUUUGCAGCAAACUCCACAAGCUCAAGUUUCAAGAAAGAGACAAUCUCCCUCGUUGCAGAUGAUUCACGAAGCCCUAUCGCGAAGAUUGGUGCCAGGCCGUAAGCGAGAUCGCGAUUCGAGUCAGCAUCUGCCUGCCUAUACAAUGGGUCUUAAACAGCGAGAGGAGAACGCGAUUGAAUCCAAGAUACGCAAAGUCAUCCAGGAUACUAUUCAUGAUGAAAUACAGCACUGGAAACAGUUGCAGCCGCCUUCUCGAGAAGAGGAUAAGGAGCAACGCGUUCUGAUGGACGAGUUUCGAAGAUUUCUGGAGCAACGCCCAAUGCAGCGGGGCAACGAACUACCAGCGCAACCUCCUUCGUCUUCCACGCCCACUCCCACACCACCUGCAACACUCAAUCAGGCUCAAGUUCAAGUUCCCCCCCAGACACAACCAGCGCAAAAUGCACACGCUCCCGUUCGGGCGAGUGGAAUGUCGCUGCACGGCACGUCGCCAGAAGAGGACACUAACGUCACUCUAAAGGAUCUGGGUAUAUUCUACUGA